AUGACCACCAGAGCGUCCAGCUCUCACGGUCGGCUUAGUGUCUGUAUGUCCAGUCGGGAUUACCCACACAUCAACGUCGACAAGUGCAGUGAGGUCAGGACAGAUAUCUCAAAUGGUCAGGAUAUCAUUAGGUUCGUGGAAUCGGAGCUUAACCCUCUAUUUCGAGAAGAAGACGAGUUCAAGAAAGAGAUCAUCCGAAAAGCUUCCGGGGUUUUCUUAUGGGUUGUUCUUGUGGUAAACAGAUUGGUUGACGAAAAGGAUAAGGGCCAGGACAAAAAGACCCUGCAAGCCGUUCUCAAAUCACUCCCCAUUGACUUACACGAUCUCUUCGCCCGAUGCUUUGAGAAUAUGGACGACCCCUGCGCAACACGAACGCUGAUGCUAUGGGUACUCUUCGCAGAGAGAUCUCUGGCUCCUGCAGAAUUGGAAUGUGCACUCAAUUUCAGCAAUGAAGCCUCUCACGACUCAUUUCCCUUACGGCAAGGCUCAGUGGAUGACUGCGGCAGUUAUGAACAACUAAGAAAACGAAUCAAGCACUUGUCGAAGGGCCUAGUUGAAUUUCAGAACGUGUCAAUUGGUACAUGGGAUAAAUUCACUUUCAAGGUCAUAGCCCAGCCAAGAGUGCAACUUAUCCAUGAGUCAGCUCGAGAUUUUCUGCUGCAAUACAACGGUCUCCGAAUGAUUGACAAUACCCUUGGCACCUCUCCUAUACCCAGGAGUCAUGAUUUCUUGGCGCGAGCUUGCAUGAGAUAUCUCACAAUGAAAGAAUUUCAGUGGUUUCGGGAGAAUUCGCAUUUUGAUUGUGAGAGGCUUAUUUCCCAGAGAGUGAUUAUUAAAAAUGAGCUGAACAAUUUACGGGAAACUUAUCCUCUCUGUGAAUAUGCAGUCCAAUUCAUGUUCAAGCAUGCAUCGAAAGCGGAGAAGGGAGGUAUAUUCCCGGUUCAUCUCAAUCAUUCUUUUGGUGGGAAUCAAGGGCAGGUUUUCUUGACUUUUAUGCACAUUAACGACAUAAUGAACCACAUCUCAUUCGAUGAAAUUCAAGGACGCGAGACAGCUUUAAUGCACGUUGUUGCUGAACAUGGUAUUUUGAGCUGUCUAGUUGAUCUGCUCAACGAGGGUGUACCAGUGAACUUGAAUGGAGGUAGCUUUAGUAAUGUCUUGAUUGCCGCAUCUUGGACAGGACAUCCAAAGAUGGUACAGAUAUUGCUCGACCGUGGUGCUGAUACCAAUGCUCUAAAUAAACUUUAUGGUAGUGCACUACAAGCAGCAGCUGCACAAGGACAUAUGGAUGUGAUACAUAUACUGCUUAAGUGUGGGGCAGACAUCAAUGCUUCAGGUCGAAAUCAUGGUGAUGCUCUACAAGCAGCAGCUGCAAGGGGACAUAGGGAUAUAGUAAAGAUGCUGCUUGACUGUGGGGCUGAUGUUAGUGCUUCAAGUGGAGGAGGUCAUAAUGGCAAUGCUCUUACUGCGGCAGCUUCAGAAGGACAUAUGGAUAUGGUGCAGACGCUGCUUGACCGUGGGGCUGAUGUUAGUGCUUCAAGUGGAGGAGGUCAUAAUGGCAAUGCUCUUACUGCGGCAGCUUCAGAAGGACAUAUGGAUGUGGUACAGAUGCUGCUUGACCGUGGGGCUAAUGUCAAUGCUUUAGGUGCAGGAGGUCUUGAUGAAAAUGCACUACAAGCGGCAACUUCAUCAGGACGUACGAAUAUUGUACAGAUGCUGCUUGAUUAUGGAGCUGAUAUUAAUGCUGAAGGAGGUCUUUGUGGCAGUGCUUUACAAGGCGCGGCUUAUCACGGAUACUCAGAGAUCGUACGGAUAUUACUUGACCGCGGGCCUGAUAUCACUGUCCAGGGUGGCUACUAUGGUACUGCUUUAGAGCAGGCAGCUUCUGAAGGAUAUCAGGAUGUGGUAAAGAUGCUGGAGGAUCAUAUCACUAAGGUCAAUGCUGAGAGCAGAGUUGGCUUACGUCGGGUUGGGGGAGUGGAUGGAAGAUAA